AGCUAUUUGGCGGAGACGGCGGCGUAAUUUCAGCAAGGAGAUGUCGAUGUUGCCGUCUUGCCGAUGAGGGUUUCAAUCUGCAAGGCGGCUGGUGGUGGAGAUGGGUUGCCGGCGGCGGUAGAACAGGGCAACGUGCGAUUUGGGGCGGCACCACGCGAUCUAACGGCGGCGAUCUGGUUUGAGGUAGGCCGGCGGCAAGCCUUGGAACUCCACUUUGAUGACUUCUUGAGACUUGUCGCCGGAGCAGAGGAAGUUGCCAUAGCCUGCAGUCUAAGCGUCGUUGCUGAUUCGCUGGCUGGUCGUUGUGCCGUCACCGCUACAGCUCGCAUUGGAGGAGAAGGUGGAUGGGUCCCCACCGCCAUUUAUUGCCGCCGAUCGACUAAGGAAUCGGGUCUCAUGCGUUGCUCGUGGAUCGGAGAAGGAGCAAGAGUGACCGGCGUCCUGAUGCUGAGUGAAAUGCACCGAUUGAUGAAAAUACGUAUCUGUCUUAGCCGAUCGAAGAGGAACACAGGAGGCGUCGAUCACAAUGAGGCCCGGACUGAGGCCAAGGGGAAAGAUAACCCAUAUCUUCCAGACCUCUUGCUACUCAUCCCGUUGAGCCAACUGGUGACAGGAAGGAAAAAGGAGAAACUUUUGAGGGUAAAAGAGGAGCAACUCUUUGAGAACAAUGAGUAGACCUGGCCCUUCUUCCCUGGGUAAAAGAGUUGGAGGGGGCCUCCUCUAGCAACCAAAAGACCUUAGAGGAGGUGAUCCAAGGCUUAUUUCAGGAGAAUGAGUGCCUUAAAGGGGAUCUCGUCUCCCAUGAGGUCCAAUUGAAAGAACAAAAGGGAAACAAUCCAAGCCUUGAAGUGAGCCCAACAUAAAAGGCUAUAUUCAUUUUUUAUGAGGAAAGGUUGGCUCCUUUUUUAGCUUGAAUGAAAUAAGGGAUCUAAA